AAUAUGAAAUAGGUGGUAGCCGUGGCUAAUGCUCUGUUCCUCUUUCCCAGAAGCUUUCAGACUCUCCUUCAAGACUAAUCUCAAGAAGCCAUUAUCCCGAAGGAAGACAAGGCAAGGCAGCUUGCUUAAUGCCUGCCCUCUGGGAAGUGAUGCCAGGAUCAGAAAUGGAGGGGGAAGCGUUGGGGGCGGCUGGAGGAAAUUGACUGUGAGAGGAUCAAAAUCAGAAACAGCAGCCAAUGGGGGCAAGAAAUUGUGAAGCAGAGGAUGGAGGGGCCAGACAGUGUGCUGGCAGUGAGGCUGACAAACCAACGGAAACUGUUACCCCAUUAAGAAGAGUUGUUCUGCUUAUUGUCAAAUCACCCGGCUCAGGAGCAGUGACAGCCCGUGUGCUUUUCUGAAUAUUCUCUGAAGUCUCUUGGGGGACAAGCCCCAUAGGAUAUUGUGGGCUCACCGCUUCUCCCCGUGCCCCCUCCCCGCACUUCUUCAGCUUCCUCUUUGCAAUCUAGCCCCUCCGUCCAAAUCCGUAUUGGACUGGGGAGGGAGAGGUGGAGAAGAAUUUGUGUUCUGCAAAAGGAGAGGAAAACAGGACAGCCAUGCCAAACUUGGACAACUCCUUGAUCCUCACGGCCUACAUUAUUAUCUUGCUCACCGGUCUCCCUGCCAACCUCCUGGCGCUGCGGGCCUUCCUGCGGCGCGUGCGCCAGCCCCACCCCGCACCCGUCCACAUCCUCCUGCUCAGCCUGACGCUGGCCGACCUCCUGCUGCUGCUGCUGCUGCCCUUCAAGAUCAUCGAGGCCGCGUCUGACUUCCGCUGGGAGCUGUCUGAUCUAGCCUGUGCCCUCAUGGGUUUCGGCUUCUACAGCAGCAUCUACUGCAGCACGUGGCUACUGGCGGGCAUCAGCAUCGAGCGCUACCUGGGAGUGGCUUUCCCCGUGCAGUACAAGCUGUCCCGCCGGCCCGUGUAUGGUGUGAUCGCCGCUCUGAUCGCCUGGGUCAUGUCCUUUGGUCACGGCACAGUGGUGAUCAUCGUUCAGUACCUGAAUUCAACCCAGAGGGCCACAAAGGAGAAUGAGACCACCUGCUAUGAGAACUUCACCCAAGAGCAGCUGAGAAUAUUGCUUCCCAUUCGGCUGGAGCUAUGCCUCCUCCUCUUCUUCAUCCCUAUGGUGGUCACCACCUUCUGCUACUCGCGUUUCGUGUGGAUCAUGCUCACCCAGCCCCACGUGGGGGCUCAGAAGCGGCGCCGAGCCGUGGGGCUGGCCAUCGUGUCGCUCCUUAAUUUCCUGCUGUGCUUUGGGCCCUAUAACAUAUCCCACCUGGUGGGGUUCCACAUGAAGGCAAGCCCCAAGUGGCGGAGGGAAGCUGUGGUGUUUGGUAGCCUCAAUGCCGGUCUGGACCCCUUGCUUUUCUAUUUCUCUUCUUCAGUCGUACGCAGGUCCUUUGGGAAAGGGCUGCAGGCACUGCACCGUCGGGGCUCCUCCCUGCUGGGACGCAGAGGCAAAGAAACAGCGGAGGCGGCGAACGAGGACCGGGGCGUGAGUCAAACAGAGGGAAUGCCGAGUUCAGACUUCACCACGGACUAGGGAUGUUCUGGACCUUCGGAGGAACUCUGUUUCGUAGUCGAGCAGGCUUGCAGAGGGAGAACACGGGUUCCUGGCCCUGAUUCAGAGACCGUCCCUGCCCCAAACCCAAUCCACUCCUGGGGACUGUAAAAAUCUCUCUCAUCAGCUCCAUAUCCCUUCCUGACUGAAUUUCCUUCCCAAAGGAGCACAGCUCCAGGACUAAAGAAGAAACAGUUGGGCACAGAAGAUCAGACCAGAGUUUCUGAAGCAAUGUAGCUAACACAGAUUCCAGCAGUCCUUGUGAGGUGGUUAGUAGCUGAAGCUAAGGCAAUCUUGCUACCAGCUUUGAAACAACACCUACACACUGGUCUAGUUGGUGGUGCUGGAAAGAAGCCCAUGGAAAAGAUGGAAGAGAAAUACUAAACGAGGUCAAAGAAGAUGUAGGAAGGUUCUGAACCAAGGGGACUAGAAGGGAGGAAGGGGAUUUAGACCUUUAAUGACUGAGGUGUGGACAACAUCCAUCUGACCUGCUGCUUUGUAAGUAUGAUCCUGUCUUCACGUGUGUACCUGUCUCCCCCAAUAAACUGGGAGCCACCUGAGGUCUGGGUAGGUAUUCUCCCUCCAUGGUGCUCUGUACAGGUCAGAACCCAGCUUGGUACCCGUCAGUUAGAACUCAACUCUGACUAGCACAGGAAAAGACAAUCUGGUCUGGGAGAUUAAAAAUAAAGAUUAGAGACUUUCCUGGUGGCCCAAUGGGGAAGAUUCCAUGCUUUCACUGCAGGGGGCACAGGUUCAAUCCCUGGUCAGGGAUCUAGGAUCCUGCAUGGGGAACUAAGAUUCUCCAUGCCACAAGGUAUGGCCAGAAAAAAAAAAAAAAAAAUGAAUGAAAAUAAAGAUUAUAAAACUCUGAAGAGAGUGUCCACAAUUUUUGUGACAUUUCUGCAAGCACAAAGAGGGCAAAAAUGGGAUGGAAAAUUAGACUCUGUGGU